AUGAUGUCACUGAUUUUCUUCGCUUUAAUCGUUUCCUCGUUUGCUCAAUAUCAGCCACCUUCGCAACAAGUUGUCAAUGGUCCCAAAUACCAGCAGCCAAUUUUCUACCAACCACCAUCCCACAAUCAGCAAUACAUGCUUCCUUAUUUCAUUCGUCCAAGUCAUCCUUACUCAUUCAAUCAACUUCCAUACACUGGGGUCAACACAAUUGGAUCUCCCUAUCAGAUGUAUGAUCUCGUUGUAAGACCACAACCUAAGCAGAUGCCAAAGCCUAGUUAUCAACAGAUAAAUCCAUUCCUUGCUAACUUACCACAGGCAAAUAAUGUCUACGGAGCACCUGUUGAAAGCCAAGGAGCAAACAGUGUUUAUGGAGCACCAAGCGGAGAGAAAAGCUCUCAAGCCAUUGAAGACACAUGGGAAGCCUUAGAAGCCUCGCUUAACGAUGAUUUGUAA